UAAGUGUUAUAAAAAUACUGGUUUAUAAUCAUGAAUGAAACAGUGAUGGUGUCAAAUAAUACUUGGCAAUGGUACCGGGAGGCGAUCCGCUCCUGGCUCGAGGAUCCUGGGGUGGUGGAAUACCAGGGUCUGAACAUGACGGCCUUGAAGAUGGAUCAGGCGUAUAUGGUCGCGGACUCGGAGGUUGAUGUGGGGGUGUAUAGCGUUUCGGAUGAUUGCUUUCGGUGCCCCUUCGAGCUGCAGAAGAUUAUAAAAGCUGGUACCGAAGAGUCGUGGGUGGUGGACACGGCACACAGGUCCUCAUGGCGGGUGUACCACUCCUCGGAACGGUACAUCUCAGCUACCAACACGACAGGUCUGGUAUGCCAGGCGAGGCCAGACCUUGGCCAGUUCGGGGUCUACCGCCUAAAUGCGACAGACGAAGCCUGCAGCGUCCGGACCCUCAGAGAACCCGUUGACAUCUAUAUGCCUCUCCUGCUCCUCCUCGGCGUACUCCUCGGAACAUGGGUGGUCUACGGCGUGGUCCGCUUCAUCAUGUCCAGGGUCUGGCGGACCGGGAAGCUGCGGUACGGAGACAAGGAGCUGGCCAUCCAGCAGCGGCUGCGGGCGCUGGACACCUUCCGAGGCAUGGCCAUAGUGUUCAUGAUCUUCGUGAACGAUGGCGCCGGCGGGUACUGGUGGCUGGAACACGCCACGUGGAACGGUCUGACGGCAGGGGACCUGGUCUUCCCCUCCUUCCUCUGGAUCAUGGGGGUGUGCAUCCCUCUGUCUGUUAAGGGGGCUUUUGCCAAGGGGGUACCGAGGUGGAAGAUCUUCGUGCAUAUUGUCAGGCGCUCCUGUAUAAUGUUCCUGCUCGGCGGCUCAGUCGCAGGCCGCAACACUUUAGGCGAGAUACGCAUCUUCGGCGUCCUGCAACGACUCGCCGUGGCAUACUUCGUGGCGGCUGGCUUCUACGCCCUCACUGCGCCGAAGUACUUCACGCCACCCAGGGGAGCUUGUGGACAGGCUUUGAAGGAUGUCCUUUCGUGCGUGUGGUGCUGGGCUUUAGCUGGUGCCCUUGUAGCAUUUCACACUGUGAUCACCUUCGUAGUUCAUGACCCUGGCUGUCCAGCAGGCUACCUCGGCCCCGGCGGCAAGCACGACGACUGGGCAGCCCCGGAGUGCAGCGGCGGAGCGGCUGGCUACAUCGAUCGUCUGGUCCUAGGCUCAUCACACCUGUUCCAGUGGACCGACCGUCGCCAGGUCUACGGAGGACCACAUACUGACCCUGAGGGUCUACUAGGUUGCCUAACAUCAGCUGUACAAGCGCUACUAGGUGUGCAAGCAGGAGCGACAGUAUUGCUGCAGCGCUCACACAAAGCACGAGUAUCUCGCUGGCUGGCGUGGGGACUAGUUUUCGCUCUAGCCGGUGCCUUGCUGACUGGCUUCAGUAGGGAGCAUGGAGUGGUGCCAAUAAAUAAGAACUUGUGGUCUAUUUCCUUCGUCCUUGUGUCGACCUCGUUCUGCCUCGUCCUGCUCGUCCUCUGCUACCUGUUUACCGACGCCUGGCGCCUCUGGGGCGGCGGGCCGUUCCGAGCGCCCGGCCUUAACGCCAUAGCCUUGUAUGUUGGCCACAUGGUGUGUUACAACAUGUUCCCGUUCCACUGGAAGGUGGCAAAUAUGGAGACACAUACGAUAAAUUUGUUGGAAGCAGUUUGGGGGACAGCGCUUUGGGUUGUUAUAGCGCAUGUCAUGGCGAAAAAGAAGGUUUUUAUAACGCUUUGAAUUGCUUCUGAAUGAAAGUAGAAACG